GAGUCUUCAUCAUCAUGUCGCAUUUUAACCUUCAGCGAAUGAUGACACGAUGGAACUUAUAUUCUCGUCAUUUCAUGCGCAUGGUACCGGCACCGGCAGCUAUCUGCAAUGGAUUGAGAUAAUGCUAUUACCUAAGGUUUAGAGUAUAGAUUGUAAGUCGGGGUUUCCGUUACUGCUCGCGCGUCCCCUCCCUCUCAUUGCAUUUGGAAGAUAAACUGUAAGGUUGGAAGCAUUCAUUGUCUCUAUUCAAAUCAGUCUUUUCCAUCCGAUAACUUUGAUUUGCGCAUGCAACAUGUCUUCCACCAAGAAGCAGCUCAUUCUCAAUGCGUUUGCUAUGCAAGCACCUGGCCAUCUCAACCCAGGUCUCUUCAAAUAUCCUGGUGAUCAAGGCUCCGAAUACAAGAAUAUCAAAUCAUGGAUUGCACUCGCCGAGAAACUGGAAAAAGCCAAAUUCCAUGCCAUAUUCUUCGCAGAUGUUCUAGGAGGUUAUGAUGUUUACAAAGGACCUGCCAAUCUUGAACCAACCAUACCUGCGGCAUCUCAAUUCCCGAUAAAUGAUCCAUUAUAUAGCAUUCCUGCCAUGGCCGCAGCUACAAAAAGUAUUGGAUUUGGUGUGACUGCUUCAACAACCUACGAACAACCUUAUCUACUUGCUCGCAGAUUCUCGACAGUAGAUCAUCUUAGUGAUGGGCGAAUUGCAUGGAACAUAGUUACAUCAUAUCUCGACUCUGCAGCUCGAAAUCUUGGCCUCGACACUCAAAUCGAACACGAUGAACGAUAUAAGAUUGCCCAUGAAUACCUCGACGUCACAUAUAAGCUUUGGGAGGCAUCUUGGAGAGACGAUGCUGUGCAACCCCCAGGAUCGAGUUCAUAUGCGGAUCCAAAGGGUGUAAGGCAGAUCAAUCACAAGGGAAAAUACUUUAAUGUACCAGGCCCACAUUUGUGUGAACCUUCUCCCCAAAGGACCCCAUUUCUGUUCCAAGCUGGAACAUCCUCGGCGGGAAAGAAAUUUGCUGCUACCCAUGCUGAAGCCAUUUUCUUGAAUGCACACACCCCAGAGCUUAUUCGUCCGUCAGUAGACUCGAUUCGCUCGCAAGCGAAGGAGUUAGGAAGAGAUCCGGCUAGUAUCAAGAUUGUCGCUGGGCUUCUGGUUAUUGUUGCCGAGACCGAUGAGAAGGCGCAGGAGAAAUUUGAGAAGCUUGCAAGUUACGGCGAUCGAGAAGGAGCCCUAUCAUUAUUUGGAGGUUGGUCUGGAUAUGAUCUAAGCUCAUAUGGUGAUGAUGAAGAUUUUCGGUUCAUUGAAAGCGCCCCUCCUGCAGUAAGGAGUAUGGUCAAUCACUGGGCAUCAGUCUCCCCCCAAGGUUUAACCUGGAACAAAAAGACUAUUGCCGAACAUCUCAUUCUGGGAGGAAAUGGUGCGAAGCUUAUCGGAAAUGCAAAGACCGUUGCAGACGAAUUAGAAAGGUGGGUAGAGGUCUCUGAUGUCGACGGAUUCAAUUUUAGUUAUGCUAGCAUUCCAGAGACAUUCGAUGACAUGAUUGAGUAUUUACUUCCUGAACUACGGAAGAGAGGAUUAUUUUGGGAUGACUAUGCUGUUCCUGGCGGUACAUUAAGAGAAAAUUAUCUGGGCGUCAAAGGUCAAAACAGACUUUCAGAGUCACAUCCUGGAGCAAAAUACUUCUGGAAAGCCGGAGAAGAAGUUCCAACAUAUUCAAAGCAAGAAACGAAGAGUGAUUGAGAGAAAGGAGAGACUGUCAUCUCAAUAUCAUAGUUCAGAUGAAAAUCAAAAUGCUUUAAUCUCCA